AUGGUGCUACAGGAGAGCUACCACGGUGAUACAGGAGAGCUACCAUGGUGCUACAGGAGAGCUACCACGGUGCUACAGGAGAGCUACCACGGUGAUACAGGAGAGCUACCAUGGUGCUACAGGAGAGCGACCGUGGUGCUACAGGAGAGCUACCACGGUGCUACAGGAGAGCUACCAUGGUGCUACAGGAGAGCUACCAUGGUGCUACAGGAGAGCUACCACGGUGAUACAGGAGAGCUACCAUGGUGCUACAGGAGAGCUACCAUGGUGCUACAGGAGAGCUACCACGGUGAUACAGGAGAGCUACCAUGGUGCUACAGGAGAGCUACCACAGUGAUACAGGAGAGCUACCAUGGUGCUACAGGAGAGCUACCAUGGUGCUACAGGAGAGCUACCACGGUGCUACAGGAGAGCUACCACGGUGCUACAGGAGAGCUACCAUGGUGCUACAGGAGAGCGACCGUGGUGCUACAGGAGAGCGACCGUUGUGCUACAGGAGAGCUACCGUGGUGCUACAGGAGAGCUACCGUGGUGCUACAGGAGAGCUACCGUGGUGCUACAGGAGUGCUACCAUGGUGCUACAGGAGAGCUACCAUGGUGCUACAGGAGAGCUACCACGGUACUACAAGAGAGCGACCAUGGUGCUACAGGAGAGCUACCGUGGUGCUACAGGAGAGCUACUGUGGUGCUACAAGAGCGCUACCAUGGUGCUACAGGAGAGCGACCAUGGCGCUACAGGAGUGCUACCAUGGUGCUACAGGGGAGCUACCAUGGUGCUACAGGAGAGCUACCAUGGUGCUACCAUGGUGCUACAGGAGAGCGACCAUGGUGCUACAGGAGAGCUACUGUGGUGCUACAGGAGAGCUACUGUGGUGCUACAAGAGAGCUACCAUGGUGCUACAUGAGAGCUACUAUGGUGCUACAGGAGAGCUACUGUGGUGCUACAAGAGAGCUACCAUGGUGCUACAGGAGAGCUACUAUGGUGCUACAGGAGUGCUACCAUGGCGCUACAGGAGAGCUACUGUGGCGCUACAGGAGAGCUAUCGUGGCGCUACAGGAGAGCUACCAUGGUGCUACAGGAGAGCUACCAUGGUUCUACAGGAGAGCUACCAUGGUGCUACAGGAGAGCGACCAUGGUGCUACAGGAGAGCAACCAUGGUGCUACAGGAGAGCUACCAUGGUGCUACAGGAGAGCUACCAUGGUGCUACAGGAGAGCUACCAUGGUGCUACAGGAGAGCUACCAUGGUGCUACAGGAGAGCGACCAUGGUGCUACAGGAGAGCUACCAUGGUGCUACAGGAGAGCGACCAUGGUGCUACAUGGUGCUACAGGAGAGCUACCAUGGUGCUACAGGAGAGCUACCAUGGUGCUACAGGACGUUUGAGUCCAAACAGAUGA